GACAACUGGCUGACCCGCACAGACCUUCCGGGAAAGCGCGGAAUUGGGAGGCAGAGUGUUUCCAAUGUUUGAGAUACUUUAGAAUGUUUACUUUGGGAGGUCAAAAUUGUUGACUAUGGCUAACUAUUCCCAAGAAGAGCUAGAUGAAGAGUUUGAACAGUUUAUGAAAGAGCUUUCAGAUGAUUCUUUUGAAAAUUCAGACAAAACAGCUAGACAAUCUAAAAAAGAAAUGAAGAAGAAAGAUACAGUGCCUUGGUGGAUAACUGAAGAUGAUUUUAAAGAUGAUGGACAGCUUGGAACAAAUGUGAGCUAUUUGAAAACAAAGAAGAAUUCUCAACCUGUUAUGGAAAUAGAAGAGGAGUCUGCUGAAAAGAUUCAAUUUCUUAAGAGCAGUGGAACCUCUCUCUUAAGUACUGAUAGCUUAGAAACAAAUGAACUAGUAGUUUCUGAGCUCAACCAUAGUAUUCUCGGAGUGGGAUUGGACACAUUAGAAGAACAAGAGGAGAAAGAACAAUUUUUUGCCAGGCUUGAGAAGGGCUUGACAUCUUCCAUUGAUUAUUCGAGAUUAAAUAAGGAAUUGGAUUCUAAUGACUCUACACAUUUUAAAGCUUUACAUAGUAAUCAAGCUAAUGUAGAACUAACUGAUGACGAACAUGAGAAUGAAUCAAAACAUGAAGAACUGGCAGAAAAUUACAGUGAUGAUUUUGAAGAUGAGUAUGUUGGUGCACCGUUGACUACUAAAGAUGAAGAGAUGCCUUCCAAAGAGAAUUCCAAAUCAGAAAAAAUAAGUGUACCCAAACAGGAAGAAGAAAAAACUGGCAUGCUAGCUAAUGUUGUGCUGCUUGAUUCACUAGACUCUGUUGCAGAGAUCAAUCUUGAUGAACAAGAUCAAAUAACACCUAAGCCAAGGGGCCUACCAGAAAUGACUGAGAAUGAAAUGACAGGAACAGGUGUUUCCUAUGGGCAAAGCAGUAGUGAUGUUGAAGCCCUACAUCAAGCUUAUUGUCAUAUAGCCCAUUCAUUGGGAGAUGAAGACAAACAAAAAAUUGAUAGUAAUACAAUGGAAGAUAUCAAGAGCUCAGUGAAAGGUCAUUCUCAAGAAAAUGAAGAGAAUUCAAAAAACAUCUCUACUAUGGAAUCCGAUCUGCCCACAGUAGAGGAGCUGAUGAAACCUAUCAGAAUAGAUUCCUUUGGGGUCAGUGGUUUUGAUUUACAACCUGUGAGCUCUGAGAAAGUGGCCGAAAGUAAAGAAACUGAAUUUGUUAACUCUUUACCCCUGAAGAUGAACCCAAAUAUUAUGUCUCAAGACUCACAACAUGUGAACCAUUUUUUUGACAAAAACGAGAAUGUGAUUUUACAAAAGACCACAAAUGAGAGUAUGGAAAACAGCUGUCCACAAGUAACUGCCACAGAAGAACAUGUUGAUAAAAUGUACCUUAAUAUUUUGAGGAAAAAAAUAUCUGUUAAUUCUUCAUCAUUAUCUCAGGAUGACAAAAUUAAUAAAACUUACAGAUCUCAACUUAGCUCUGAAGAAGGGGCUGUAAUGGGUAAACAGGUACCAUACAAGAAGGCCAGAAGUGCACCUCCUUUACUUAAAAGGAAACCCCAUCGUGGAUUAUAUGCAUCAGUUAGGAGCUCAGGCUAUGGCAAACCCAGUUCACCACUCAAGAUGUUUUCUACUCUUGAAAAUAAAACUUCAGGGGACAUUAUAAAAAGCAAAAACUUGAGAUCGAUUUCCACCUCUAAUCAACCUAGGAGAAAAGAAAUCUUAUCUGGAACAAAACUCAUCAAGCCUGCAGCUUUGGAUAAAGCAGCUCCCAAAACUGAAAGUUGCCUGGUUACUCCUAAGAAGUCUGAAGAUCCCACAGAAACUGAUUCCUGUAUUCAGUUUCAGACUGAUUCCUUAGGAUACUGUGGUGAGAACAAGGAGGAGGAAUUACUUAUGUUUAAAAGAGUUCAGGAAGCAGAGGAAAAAUGGAGGGGUGCACAAGCCCUAAUUGAGCAAAUUAAAGCCACAUUCUCAGAAAAAGAGAAAGAACUAGAAAAUAAGUUGGAAGAACUAAAGAAACAACAGGAAAAAGAACUCUUCAAAUUGAAUCAAGAUAAUUAUAUUCUUCAAGCCAAGUUAAGCAGCUUUGAAGAAACAAACAAAAAAACAAGGUGGUUACAUUUUGGAGAAGCAGCUGAUCCUGUCACUGGAGAAAAAUUGAAGCAAAUCCAAAAGGAAAUACAAGAACAAGAGACACUUCUUCAAGGAUAUCAACAGGAAAAUGAACGAUUAUAUAAUCAAGUAAAAGAUCUCCAAGAACAAAACAAGAAAAAUGAGGAGCGAAUGUUUAAGGAAAACCAGAGUUUAUUGAGUGAGGUAGCUUCCUUAAAAGAACAGAUGCACAAAAGUCGUUUUCUGUCUCAAGUAGUUGAAGAUUCAGAGCCCACAAGAAACCAGAAUUUUACAGACCUGUUAGCAGAACUACGGAUGGCACAGAAAGAAAAAGACAGUUUAUUGGAAGACAUCAAAAGACUGAAACAAGACAAACAAGCUCUUGAAGUAGACUUGGAAAAAAUGAAGAAAGAGAGGGACCAAGCCAAAGAUCAGAUUGCUUAUGUCACAGGUGAAAAAUUAUAUGAAAUAAAAAUUUUAGAAGAAACACAUAAACAAGAAAUCAGUCGUCUGCAAAAAAGAUUACAGUGGUAUGCUGAAAAUCAGGAACUUCUGGAUAAAGAUGCACUUCGGCUUAGAGAAGCAAAUGAGGAAAUUGAGAAACUCAGACUUGAGAUUGAGAAACUGAAAGCUGAAUCUGGGAAUCCAUCUAUUCAGCAGAAGAUACGCUUAAAAGAUAAAGCAGCAGAUGCCAAAAAAAUUCAGGAUCUGGAGCGACAAGUUAAGGAAAUGGAAGGGAUUCUGAAGAGAAGAUAUCCCAAUUCUUUACCUGCAUUAAUAUUGGCUGCAUCAGCAGCUGGUGAUACAGUGGAUAAAAAUACAGUAGAAUUUAUGGAGAAAAGGAUAAAAAAGCUAGAAGCUGAUCUGGAGGGCAAAGAUGAAGAAGCAAAGAAAAGCCUUCGUACCAUGGAACAGCAGUUUCAGAAAAUGAAGAUUCAGUAUGAACAAAGACUAGAGCAGCAGGAGCAGCUACUUGCCUGCAAAUUGAAUCAACAUGACUCUCCCAGAAUUAAAGCACUAGAGAAGGAACUUGAUGACAUUAAGGAAGCCCAUCAAAUCACUGUAAGAAACCUUGAAGCCGAAAUAGACAUUCUUAAACAUCAGAAUGCUGAAUUAGACGUCAAGAAAAAUGAUAAAGAUGAUAAAGAUUUUCAGUCUAUAGAAUUCCAGGUGGAACAGGCUCAUGCUAAAGCUAAAUUAGUAAGACUCAAUGAAGAACUGGCUGCAAAAAAGAGAGAAAUACAAGACCUUUCAAAAACUGUGGAGAGGCUUCAGAAAGAAAGAAGAAUGAUGCUAUCAAAUCAGAACUCUAAGGGCAGAGAGGAAAUGUCUGCCAAAAGGGCAAAGAAAGAUGUUUUGCACUCAAGUAAAGGGAAUGCUAACUCCUUCUCUGGAACCCUGGACAGCAAGCUUUACCAACCACAUACUUUCACUGAUUCCCAUGUUUCAGAAGUUUUACAAGAAAACUACAGAUUAAAAAAUGAGCUAGAGGGAUUAAUUUCAGAGAAGAAUGAGCUGAAGGUGAAAUCUGAAGCAGCAAUCAAUCAAUUUGAAAACUCCAUGAGAAGGGUCAAGGAAGAUACUGCAGCAUAUGUUGCAUCCCUCAAAGCAUCUCAUCAGAGAGAAAUAGAGAAACUCCUUUGCCAAAAUGCAGUAGAAAAUUCUUCUUCCAAAGUAACUGAACUAAAUCGUAAAAUAGCAACUCAAGAGGUACUUAUAAGACAUUUCCAAAGUCAAGUUAAUGAGCUGCAGAGUAAACAAGAGUCUCUUGUAGUUUCUCAAGUUCGAGAAGAAAUUCUACAGAAAGAGGUUACAAAACUCUUAGAAGAAUUGAGAGAAGCCAAAGAAAACCAUACACCAGAGAUGAAACAUUUCGUGGGCUUAGAAAAGAAAAUUAAGCAGAUGGAAAUGAGACAUGCACAAAGAGAACUGGAACUUCAACAGAUAAUACAGCAAACACACCAAGCAGUGGAAACUGAGCAAAACAAAGAAGUUGAAAAAUGGAAAAGACUGGCACAGUUAAAGAAUCGUGAGCUGGAGAAGUUCCGCAUAGAACUAGACUCAAUAUUAGAUGUUCUCCGAGAGCUGCACCGGCAAGGGGUGGUUGUGCCAGUUGCUUUUGCAGAUGAAGUGAAUGCACCAGAGUAUUCCUAGAAACUCAGAUUUCAUAAUGACCUUAUUAAAAGGCCUAAAAAAUGGAUGGGAUUGUGCCACUGCCAGGACAGCUUAUGAAAAACAAGUGUUCCAGUAUGUUUCCAGAAAGCAAACAACCAAAGCAGCAUUUCAAAAUAAAUUGCCUUUAACCAAUAAAAACAUAUCAUGGUGUAUUUUACUAAAAAUCAUUAACCAGUCACAUUUUAAGUGAUUUAUGGACAGGUUCCUUUAUAGCCGAGAAGGUCUCACUUGUAUGCUAGAAAUAGAAAGAAAAGAAAAUUGAACAUACUGUGCCACAUUUUUAUUGAUAAUGUGGGAUUUUUUUAAUUUUUAUUUUAGAUCCAGGGGAUAUAUGUGCUUGUUGUAACAUGGGUGUAUUGAAUAAUGGUGGGAAUUGGGCUUCUAGUGUACUCAUCACCUAAAUAUUAAACACUGUACCCAAUAGGUAAUUUUUCAACCCUUACUGCCCCUCACACUCUUUACCCUAUUGGAGUCCCCAGUGUCUAAUCUGCAUCUUUAUGUCUGUGUAUACCCAUUGUUUAGCUCCUACUUUUAAGUGAGAACAUAUGCAAUAUUUUAUUUUUUACUUCUGAUUUAGUUCACGUAAGACAAUGGCCUCCAGCUCCAUCCAUGUUGCUGCAAAUGACAUGAUUUCAUUCUUUUUUAUAGUUGCAUAAUACUCCAUUUAUAUGUAUCUCUAUAUAUCUCUCUCUCUCACGUUUUCUUUAUCCAGUCAGUUGUUGGUAGAUACUUAAGUUGGUUCCAUGAACUUGCUGUUGUAAAUAUUGAUGCAAUAAACAUACAUGUGCAGAUAUCUUUUUUA